AUGUCGAUGGAUCUGGAUGCCCCCGUCUACUUCACGCAGCAGGAGAAAGUCGCAGCGACUAUUCUCUGCUGCAACUGUGGCGCUGCUAUCGAUGGAACACUCUCAGCCGGCGCGCUAUGCUCGGAUUGUAUUCGUCUUACUGUCGAUGUUGCCGGAGGUGAACUACUCGCUAUUUGUCUACGCAAACUCCGUGGUCUAAACAAAGUUCGAAUCAUCGAUGCCAGCUUCAUUUGGACAGAGCCUCAUAGCAAGCGACUACGUGUGAAAAUCACAAUACAAACGGAGGCCUUCCAAGGCACUAUAGUGCAACAGCAAUUUGAGGUUGAAUAUGUCGUUGCCAAUCAGCAAUGUGCCGGCUGUGCUAAAAGUUACACGCAUCACUCAUGGCAGGCAUCUGUACAAGUCCGGCAGAAGGUCCCUCACAAGCGGACAUUUUUGUACCUGGAACAGCUUAUCCUCAAGCACAACGCCCAUAAAGAUACUGUUAAUAUCAAGGAGGUGAACGAGGGUCUUGAUUUCUACUUUGCAAAGAGAAAUGAAGCCGAGCGUAUGCUUUCAUUCUUGUCAAGCGUUGUCCCAUGCACCGUGAAGAAGAGCCAUGAAUUAAUUUCAAUGGACAUACAUACUUCGACAAGCAGCUACAAGUUCAAUUUCUCCGUUUCUAUUAUCCCUAUCUGCAAGGAUGAUCUGGUUGCACUACCGAUUAAGCUGGCCCGGUCAUUGUCUGAUAUCAGCCCGCUCGUUAUCUGCCACCGGGUAGGCACGUCUAUCAAUCUUAUGGACCCUUGCACUCUCCGGACCGCAGAUCUUCCUUCUAGCGUUUACUGGCGCCAGCCAUUCCCGAAUCUUGCGGAUACCACCGAGCUUAGGGAAUUCAUCAUCUUAGACAUUGAAUCCACCGGCCACACUAACGGUCGCUACCUCCUCUCUGAGGCCACAGUUGCUCGUGCCUCAGAUCUAGGAUCCAACGACACCACCUAUUUCACUCGGACUCAUCUCGGUGGUGUCCUGCACGUGGGUGACUCUGUUCUCGGAUACCACUUGUCAGGAACCCAGUUCAACAACGAUCAAUUCGAUGCAAUUGAGAACAGCAACCAGUACGGCUCGACAAUCCCAGACGUCGUCCUUAUCAAGAAGCACUACGUCCGCAGCAAGAAGUCCAAGGCCCGCAGCUGGCGCUUGAAGCGCAUGGCUCGCGAGCACGAAGAGGAGGCAACUGCUGCCGUUGUCAAUGUCCCCACGAACAAGCGCCAGGAGCAGGAGCAAGCCAGAAUGGAACAAGAUUACGAAAUGUUCUUGCGUGAUGUUGAGGAGGAUCAGGAGCUCCGUCAAACGCUUGAUCUGUACAAGAACCGCCAGUACCAGGCCAGGCCAGACCAGAUGGAUGAGGAUGAUGACGAGGACAUGGAUGAAGACGGAAAUGCCGUGCCGAAGAUCAACAUGGACGAACUGCUUGAUGACUUUGAUGAGCUGAACAUGGAGGACAAUUAG